AACAGCUGACUUCUGCAAUCCUGCUCAUGUGACCUCUGCAGCUGCAACUCCCUUUUCCGAUCCUUGUCCCGGGCCAUGGUGGGGCUUCCAGGGGCUCCUUUCAUGAGGAGCGUCAGUGCUCUGCGGGCGUGGAGGAUUAAUCAGUGACAGGAAGCUGCAUUUUCUUGGAGCAGUGACCAGUUGUGGUCAGAAGAGCCUCUGUUAAGGCCAGUCCCAGGAAUCUGCCCAUUUCCUGCCCACUGCUCACCCACCUGCUCCUGCCAUGGGGCACCUUGGGGCCUUCCUCUUCCUCCUGGGGGCCCUGGGGGCUCUCACUGAGAUUUGUGAAAUACCAGAGGUGGACAGCCAGCUAGUAGCGAAGUUGGGCCAGCAUCUCUUGCCUUGGAUGGACCAGCUCUCCCUGGAGCACCUGAACCCCAGCAUCUAUGUGGGCCUGCGCCUCUCCAGCCUGCAGGCUGGGUUCAAGGAGGACCUCUACUUACACAGCCUCAAGCUCGAUUAUCAGCAGUGCCUCCUAGGGUCUGGCUCCAGUGAUGACAACAGUGACUGUCAGCCCAAGCCUUCCAUGGGCCAGCUGGCUCUCUACUUGCUUGCUCUCAGGGCUAACUGCGAGUUUGCUGGGGGCCGCAAGGGAGACAGGCUGGUCUCACAGCUCAAGCGGUUCCUAGAAGAUGAGAAGAGGGCCAUUGGGCACAAUCACCAGGGCCACCCCCACACCAACUACUACCAGUAUGGCCUGAGCAUCCUGGCUCUGUGUGUCCAUCAGAAGCGGGUUCAUGACAGUGUGGUGGGCAAGCUCCUGUAUGCCGUAGAACAUGACCAACAUCUCUAUCAGGGCCACCUCUCUGUGGGUCCCUUCCCCACAGACACAGCAGCCAUGGCAGCCUUGGCCUUCACCUGUCUGGAGCGUUCCAACUUCAACCCCGAUCAGAGACUACGGAUCUCUAUGGCCAUUGGAACAGUGCGAGAGAAGAUACUGAGGGCCCAGACUCCAGAGGGCCAUUUUGGGAAUGUCUACAGCACCCCGCUGGCACUUCAGAUGCUGAUGACCUCCCCCAUGCCUGGGGCGGAGCUGGGCACAGCAUGCAGCAAGGCAGGGGCUGCUCUGUUGGCCAGCCUGCAGGGUGGAGCCUUCCAGAAUGCUCUCGUGAUUUCCCAGCUGUUGCCUGUCCUAAACCGCAAGACAUAUGUGGAUCUCAUCUUCCCAGACUGCCUGACACCACGAGCCAUGUUGGAACCAGCUACAGAGAUCCCAGCACAGACCCUAGUCCCAGAGAUGAUCAGUGUCACGCUGAAGGUUCUCAGCCUCAUACUACCAUAUGAACAAUCCAUCUCAGUCCCUAAGGGGUCCUCCUUGGAAGAUGUCCUGAAGAAGGCCCACGAGCAAGGAGGAUUCAUGUAUGAAACACAGGCCUCCUUGUCAGGCCCCUACCUAACCUCCGUGAUGGGGAACGUGGCUGGGGAACGUGAGUUCUGGCAACUUAUCCAACAGCCUAACACCCCCCUGCUCCAAGGUAUUGCUGACUAUAGACCCAAGGAUGGAGAAAACAUCGAGCUGAGGCUGGUUCGCUGGUAGCCUCUGGGCACCCUCAACUAGCAGCCUCACACACUCCCUAGGCUUCUCCCCUCCUUCCCGAUGUCCCUGGAUAAGGCACUUGCAUUGCUGCCACCUCCUAUGUACUUGGAAUAACAUCCCCCAGGCUGCCCUGGCUACUGCCCCUGCCAGGGUCCUAAGCACAGCCCAUCCUGGAGCAGGGAGCCAAACACCUUCCCUGGGAAGUCCUUCUGCCCAUGGUCUGAAGGACAUGAAGCAUCUUGGACUUCUCAGCAACAGAAGAAGUCUGCAGGCUGUUGGUGUUGUGAGUACCAUCUGUUCCUACACGGUCUCUUCACUCAGGGGCUGUGGCCCUGACCUCAGCUCUUCCCUCUGCAGUCAGGGUGGUGGCCCCAGAGCAGGUCAUGGCAUGGUAGCCAGCAAGGCCUCAGUGGGGCUGCUGCCUCUGAUGUAAUUAAAGCAUUGUCUGUGCA